AUGGGCGAGAUAGAUAUCGAGUGUGUGUUAAAGAAGAGGGAGAGAGUGAACGAAACCAGAGCCUUAGAUAGUAUCCGCGUGCAAGCCACCUCUGAGUCCAAUCAAGACACCACACCGCCAUCUGCCUCCAUCCGGCGCCGCGCCACGCGCACGCCAACUUCCCAAUGCCACAAGUCCCUCUGGACCGCUGACCCUUUACUAAUUUCCCACAACAUCCCUCAUGGCUCAAGAGUUUGACCCAGAGCCUUCUUCUUUCGACUGCUUUGUACGUAA